ACACAGGGUGGGGGGUGGGGUUGAGGAAGGGGCGGGUGAGUUCUGGGAGUCCGGGAAGAAGGCGGGGUGGGAGGGGUGAGCCUGUGGAGGGACUAGAAAGGAGGCGGGGGCCCGGCCGUUCCCUGCGCCCUCCGGCCCCGGAUUGGCUGCGGCCCUGCGGGCCGGGCUCUUGCCUCUCUUGUUGUUCUCCAGUCUCGGCAGCUGCCGGGAGGCGGGGCCGAGACGUCCCUCGCAGCCAAUGGGAGGGCCACCCCCGAGCAGUUACAAAGGGGCCGAACGAGGCCGCGGCGCGAGGCGAGGCUCUCCGGUUCCUCGGGGCGGGGGCUCCGAGACGCGGCCCCGGCCCCUCGAACGGACCGGACGCGGAGUACGUCGCGGGACCAUGGAGGCGGCCGCGGCGGCUGCGGCCGUCGCGGGGAAGGCGACUGUUCCCCCCCGCUACCAGAUGUUUCUUCUCCUGGCGGCCACGGGGCUGGUCCCAGGGGCGGCGGGUUUGCAGUGUUACUGCCACCUCUGUAUUAAAGAAAACUACACAUGUGUGACAGAUGGAAUUUGCUUUGUUGCUGUAACCCAGAAUGCAGACAAAGUUAUAUACAAUAGCAUGUGUAUACCAGAAGUUGAUUUAAUUCCCCGAGAUAGGCCAUUUGUAUGUGCCCCCUCUUUAAGAGAUGGGUUUUUGAUGUCACCUUUCUGUUGUUCCAAAGACCACUGCAAUAAAAUAGAAUUCCCAACAGGUACCCCAAUGAAACCAUCUAAUCUUGGUCCUGUGGAAUUGGCAGCUGUUAUUGCGGGACCUGUUUGCCUUGUCUGUAUCUCAUUGAUGUUAAUGAUCUACAUUUGCCACAAUCGUACUGUCAUACAUCAUCGUGUUCCAAAUGAAGAAGAUCCCUCAUUAGAUCGCCCUUUUAUUUCAGAGGGUACAACAUUAAAGGACCUAAUUUAUGACAUGACAACAUCAGGAUCUGGGUCAGGAUUACCAUUACUUGUUCAAAGAACUAUUGCAAGAACUAUUGUAUUGCAAGAAAGCAUAGGAAAAGGUCGAUUUGGAGAAGUUUGGAGAGGAAAAUGGAGAGGAGAAGAAGUGGCAGUAAAAAUAUUUUCUUCAAGAGAAGAACGUUCAUGGUUCCGUGAAGCAGAAAUUUAUCAAACUGUAAUGUUACGUCAUGAAAACAUUCUGGGGUUUAUAGCAGCUGACAAUAAAGACAAUGGUACAUGGACUCAGCUUUGGUUGGUUUCAGAUUAUCAUGAGCAUGGGUCCCUUUUUGAUUAUUUAAAUAGGUACACAGUCACUGUGGAAGGAAUGAUAAAAUUAGCUUUAUCCACUGCUAGUGGACUUGCUCAUCUUCACAUGGAGAUUGUUGGCACUCAAGGCAAACCAGCAAUUGCCCAUAGAGAUCUGAAAUCAAAGAAUAUUUUAGUCAAGAAGAAUGGAACGUGCUGUAUUGCAGACUUAGGACUUGCAGUAAGACAUGAUUCAGCCACAGAUACAAUUGAUAUAGCUCCGAACCACAGAGUGGGAACAAAAAGAUACAUGGCCCCUGAAGUUCUUGAUGAUUCCAUAAAUAUGAAGCAUUUUGAAUCAUUCAAGCGUGCUGACAUCUAUGCAAUGGGAUUAGUUUUCUGGGAAAUAGCUCGGAGAUGUUCAAUUGGUGGAAUUCACGAAGACUACCAACUGCCUUAUUAUGAUCUCGUACCUUCUGACCCAUCAGUAGAUGAAAUGCGGAAAGUUGUUUGUGAACAGAAGUUACGACCAAAUAUUCCAAAUCGGUGGCAGAGCUGUGAAGCUUUGAGAGUUAUGGCCAAAAUUAUGCGAGAAUGUUGGUAUGCCAAUGGAGCAGCUAGGCUUACAGCUUUACGUAUUAAGAAAACAUUAUCACAACUCAGUCAACAGGAGGGAAUAAAAAUGUAAUUCAACAUUUCAGCCGAAUAACACUAUAGAUCCAUAUCUACUCCUGGGUUUUCGUUUGGAAGGUCAGUUGUUCUACCUCAUUGAGAGGGAACAAAAGGAUAUUGCCUCCUUUUGAAACAAGAAAGUGACAGUGGAUUACUAAUUCCCAGGAUUACUGUGGACCCAAGAAGAAGCUGUGUGGGUUCUUUCUGUGCACUAUGAACACCUCUUUCCCAGGACAGUAACAUAAGAAGAAAAAAAAACAGUUGUGUAGUCUCUUUAUUUUUAUUAACAUGAAAGUUGUUUUUUAAAAGUUGGUUGCCAGUCUUAACUUUAGUUAUCUCUGCUAAAGAUUUAUCUUUUUAAAAGGGGGAGCUGAAUUGUACAGGACGUUAUUAGUAAUGUAAAUGAUUUAAUUCUAGUUAGUACAAUCUCAAAGUAUUCUGAACCACUAAAAUUAUCUUUGAUUCAGACUUUGAAUGUACUACAAUUUGAUUUUCAGGAUUUUUUAGAAGUAAACUAUCCUUAUGAAAUUCACCUUGAAUUUUAAAAUGACCUCAUCCAAUUGAGAACUUAAUUUAUGCAGUUAUAUUUUGUAUACUAUUAUUUCACUUAUUCAGAAUCACAAGCCUUCGAAAUGAAAUUGUACUAUACCAACAAGUGCCACUUCUUUGUCUUUCUAAUUCAAAUUGGUAAAAUUGUAUAAAGUCUACUUGUAUAAUCUCAUCUACAGAGGCUAAAUUCAAAAGGUUAAUUUAGCUGAUUGAAAAUACAUAGUAUUUUGGGCAUAUAAUGAUACCAUUCUUUUAAAAAAAAAAAAAAAAUUUCCAAAAUAUGCUUCUAAACCACUAUGGAAAUUAGAUAGUAUUAAAGUUAGCUGAUUUACUUAUAGUCAUAUUUUAACAGUAUACUAUUGAGUUUUAAUUGUAGUAUCAAUAGAAUUUUUAAAAUUAAGUGGCACUCUUUAGAUGCUUUUAGUACUUUAGUAAUUUAAAAUGAGCAUAAAGUCUAAAUUUAAAAAAAAGGGGAAGUUUGCUAUAUUUAGCUGCUUGUAAAAAGUUGUUUGUUUAUGACUCAUCAAUUUUUUUCUUUUAUCUGAUCAAAAACUGUUUUUUUUUUUGGUUUUUUUUUUUUUUAAACAAUGUAAUUACCACCCUAAGUUCAGUAGAUUUUUUUCCUUAGGAAAGUGAAAGCAAGGUAUAGAUUGAAAGAUAAUGGUUGUACAAGAUAUAAGUGCAUCAGUUAAGUUGAAGCUGGAGUGCUUUUUGAGGUAUCAUUAGAACCUGGAAGAAGAUAAAGCUUUGAAUUUAACUUUUUCUCUUGGUAAUGUGAACAGAAUGUCACAACAUGUUCAAUAUGUGUAUUUGAAUUUAAUUUACUACUUGGUGUUUGAGACAAGAAAAUCUGUUAAGUAUCUGGUUUUUAAAUCAAGUACAAAAAGUAAAUUUGUCAUAGGCUUCAAAUUAGCAAAUUAAGUUAAAAGCUGUCCUUUUCUUCCAGUGCUUAUAAAAUCUUUUCAGUGUUUCCCCAGUUUUCAAAGUUUUUAUUUAAUCACUGUGAUCCAUCUAUUUUUAAAACAUAUCCCUCAAGAUAGCUGAUUAGUUAAGUCUUUGAAUUCAUAGGGUUAUCCAUUUUAAAAUAAAUAAUUGGAGUAACUUCAUAAUAUUUUUAUUUUAAAAAUGAUAGCCAUGCAAUGGAAUAAGAGUUGCAUUAUAAUAUCUUGUCUCAUAAAAUCUGAAGGAACAAAUUUGAGAGACAAUUAGUCCAAAACCAAAGUAAUUUUAGAAUUAAGUGAUAUAUUAUUUAUGAAUUUAGCAUUUAUUUCACUUAUUUAAAGACUUCAUGAGUGAAACUAUGAUUAGUAGCCACUAAUAUAUACAGGUAGUAGUCUAAUUUGCCUAAAAUUGAGGGUUUUUCUUCCCCCUAUUGUUAUCCUCUCAAAAAAGUUUGGGAGGUUCAUUUUUGUAAUUGUUAUAUUAAGCAGAAAAUAGGUGCCUCUAGCUUUUUGAACAAUUUUUAAAAAUUGAGAUUUAUCAGUUUGCUUUUAUUAAAUUCAGGGGACCAAUACAUUUUAUCAUUUAAAAGAUUUUAUGUCAUUUUAAGAAUAUACCAAAAUUUCUCGUCUAAUUAAAAAAUUGUAAUGUAUGAUUUUAUAAUUUGUGAAAAGUAAAACUUCAGCAAACAUAUUUAAUAUCAUUAGAAGAAAGGUUGAGUUAACAUUAGACUGUUCCUGGCUACACUUUCCUUAAAUCAGGGAUUUCAAUUAGUAAAUUUCUUUAUUAGGUUCUAAUAUAGUUUUAUUUAUGAAUGACUAACUGUUUGGAUCAGUGAUGGUUUAAGUAACCCCAAAUUAAUACUGGAAAAAAUGGCUUAAAAGUAAAAAUGAACAUUUGUGUGGCAAUAACUCUUAAGUGAAAAUAGCUUGAUGGUGUUAGUUUGGUAAUAUGGAAACAGUUGCCUUUCUUGCAUGCCGUUUACAUUUCAUAUAUUUAAUCCUAAAAAUAUUCAUUGUGAGUAAAGAUGUCAUCUGUCCAGAAACCCCAUCCUCACCCUAAAAAGAGAGCUACAAAACAAAGCAUAUGUUGUGUCCACAAGCAGCACCAGUUCUACAAUGUUUCUCUUUGCUAACUAAUUUAGAGUUUACAACUUUUUCCUAGUGAAUUUCUUUGGAUUUCCCCAGGGUUUUAUGGUUGCCCUACUGUUUAAUACUAUUCCUUAAUUUUCUGUGAAUAAGGCAUGACAAUGGCAACCAAUUUUCAGGUUAAACUAGACAUUAUUAAAAUCUGCCAGUAGAUCGUAGCUUUCUAGGUGAAACUGCCACAGACUUGUAUACAAUUUGGGGAAAUGACAGAGGUAUCAGUUGUAGCAUUUUUGAUUGAGCUAAAAAUCAUAAAGCACAGGAGAGCCCCUCUACAAUAGUAGAUGUGUGGGAGAUAUACAUUUGCUUUAGCCAGAUUAAAAAUACAAUCAAAAGGUGCCUACAUUAUGCAAGAAUGGAUAUUGCUGUAAUAAGUACUAAAUUUGCCUUUCCUUAAUUAAAUUUAGAAGGCUUGAUUAGUCUGUCAUUUUGCAUCAUGUAAACCAAUGUUUCCUAGUUUUUACUCAAGAAAAGUAUGAUAUGCAGACUAAAAGUAUUGUUAAAAAAGAAAAAUGAAAUUUGUAUUAAUUUUUGUAAUGUUUCAACAAUAUUUUAUCCUUGUAUUGAACCAAUGAUUGAAAGUGAAAUGUUAAAGAUAUUUCUUUUGGCAAAUGAGAGAGGAGAUUCUUGUUCGAAUUUGGCAGAUUUUAGGUCUUAGAAAAUGACAAUUCUCAGAUAAUUUCAGUUCUUUAAGAGUAGUACUAGAUUGGAUGGCUACUGAUGCUUCAGUGAACUGUUUGAAAUGCUGGAAUAAGUUCAGAAAAAAAAUGCUGGAAUCUGAAUGCUGGAUUUCUUGGACGUUUUAGAGAUGGCAGUACAACAUUGGCACUUUUCACUCCAUUGCUAAAUUUUUAUGUGUUAUGCUUUUGAAAAUGUGGCUAAUAACAUUUGACUCUUUGUAAAGCAUAAGUUUUCAUUAAUUUUUCUAAACAAAAUUUGUAAAAUAAGUCAUGAACCAUUUUUCAUAUCCUUUUUCACAUUGUGCCAUUGAAAAUGAUUAUAGAGGUAUUUGGUGUUAAUUUACAUGUAAAGAAGAUGCUUCAAUAUAUCAUUUGCUUUAAACCUAAAUUACCUCUUGAAAGACCAAGGUACAUUUACCUCAUUGUGUAUAUAAUGUUUUAAUAUUUGUCAGAACAUUCUCUUGAUUUGCAGUUGUUUCUAUAAACUAUGGGUAUUAUAUCGCUAAAUUUACAACUCCAAUGGUACUGUUGUUUAUAAUUGUGCCCCAUAUGACACUAUCUAUCCUUUCUAUUUUCUGUAUUUUAUUGUAUUAUUACACAUUGUUGUGAUUUUCAAUAUAGCAUAUGCCCUUCUAGAGAUGUACAAAUUAUGCCCUGUAUAAAAUUUACAUUUUAGGUGAAUAAAUUUGCAAAGCUUAUAAGAAGAAAAAAAAAUCACAAAUCAAGUUCCCCAGAAAAUUUUGGAAAUUAUAUAUUGUAUUUGUAGUACAUAACCAAAAUGGAUUGUAAGUAGGUAGUAGAAGAGUAAUGCUUAUGUUAGCAUUUUAACACUACAAUAGAAAGAUUAAAGCAAUGCAAAUAAACUACUUUUUUUCCAAGCA